CGGCGCCGCCCUCCGCAGCUGGCCACCGUCGGUCCAGCUGUGCGCGCACGUCGGGACUCCCAGCCAUGUCCGCCGAGAGAGAGGUGGCCGAGGCGGCUGCCGAGGUGGCCGAAGCCGGCGCCGGGGACGCCGCGUCCUCGCAGCCCCCGAAGGCCGAGGCGGCGAGCGAGCCCGCGCCGUCCGGAGCCCCCGAAGCGGCCGCCGCACCGGCUCCGCCGCCCCUGCGCUGCCUGGUGCUCACGGGCUUCGGCGGCUACGACAAGGUGAAGCUGCAGAGCCGGCCGGCCGCGCCCCCGGCUCCCGGGCCCGGCCAGCUGACUCUGCGCGUCCGGGCCUGCGGGCUCAACUUCGCCGACCUCAUGGCUCGGCAGGGGCUGUACGACCGGCUGCCGCCGCCGCCCCUCACGCCUGGCAUGGAGGGCGCGGGCGUCGUGGUGGCGGUGGGCGAGGGAGUCACCGACCGCAAGACAGGGGACCGGGUGAUGGUGCUAAACCGGUCAGGCAUGUGGCAAGAGGAGGUAACUGUGCCCGCGGCCCAGACCUUCCUGAUGCCUGAGGCCAUGACCUUUGAGGAAGCUGCUGCCUUGCUGGUCAAUUACAUCACAGCCUACAUGAUCCUGUUUGACUUCGGCAACCUGCGGCCUGGCCACAGCGUCUUGAUACACAUGGCAGCAGGGGGCGUGGGCAUGGCAGCCCUGCAGCUGUGUCGCACGGUGGAGAACGUGACAGUGUUUGGGACAGCCUCGGCCAGCAAGCACGAGGUGCUGAAAGAGAAUGGGGUCACGCAUGCCAUUGACUACCACACAACCGACUACGUGGAAGAGAUCAAGAAGAUCUCCCCCAAAGGAGUGGACAUCGUCAUGGACCCUCUGGGCGGGUCAGAUACCGCCAAGGGCUACAACCUCCUGAAGCCCAUGGGGAAGGUGGUCACCUAUGGAAUGGCCAACCUGCUGACGGGCCCCAAGCGGAACCUGAUGGCGCUGGCCCGCACAUGGUGGAACCAGUUCAGUGUGACGGCCCUGCAGCUGCUACAGGCCAACCGCGCUGUGUGCGGCUUCCACCUGGGCUACCUGGAUGGCGAGGUGGAGCUGGUCAGCAGCGUGGUGGCCCGCCUCCUGGCUCUUUACAACCAGGGCCACAUCAAGCCCCGCAUCGAUUCAGUAUGGCCCUUCGAGAAGGUGGUAGAUGCCAUGAAGCAGAUGCAGGAGAAGAAGAACGUGGGCAAGGUGCUCCUGGUGCCAGGGCCGGAGAAGGAGAACUAGGGCAAGGGCCCGUGGGACCCGAGAGCGAGAGAGGAGAGGCUGUGCAGCCCCCUUCCGCUGACCACCACACUGUCACAAGUCCUCGUCCAUCAUCACGCUCCCCCCCCACCCGCUCCCCCAGGGUCUCUGGCCACUGCCCCUCCGCUCUGUUCGUUCUCAUUGGUCAAGGCUGCCCCCUUUCCCUUCCUGCUCUCGGCAGAGAUUGGGAAGUGACCAUUUGGAUGUCUGGGCCCCUUCAGAGGGACAGGGAGGGCCAGAGGGGGAGCUGGUGGCUUCCUGCUCCCUGCCUUUCCCUGCUCCCUCGGGGUCUGUUGUGCUGCUUUGGUGCCAAGGUUAGCCAAUCCCGCCCCAUCCUGUUCUGUGUGUUUCCACCCCUGCCUCAUCUUCCUGCCCGCCCCCGCCCCACUGCCUCCCCCCAAAGAAUUGAAAUGCCAGCUCAGGUUAUGGGGCCGAUCUCUGUCAAGUCCAGCGUGUCCCUGUCUCUCCCGGCAGCUGGGGCUAGCCAGCGCCCACCAGUCCCAGCCCUGUCUUCUGUCCGCAACUUCUUAAGCACAAUUGGGCUCCUUCCACCUGCCGGUUUUCUGUCACUCCUCACCAAGGCAGCCUCUUCCAACACCACAGGCAGGCAUCGGACGCCCUCUCGGGUCCCAGCCCUGGGGGGGACUCCCAGCGCUCCCACCUUUCACUGAGGCCUCUGUGUUUGUUCUCAGUGCCUUAGCCGCAGGAAACCUGUGCGUUGGUGUGUGUGUGUGUAUGUGUGUGUGGUGGGGAGGGACCCUGACUCUGACCUCCUCCUCCUCCACACAGUCUCCCUCCAACCCCCCCAGUGCCUUCCUUGUUCUGGUGGAACUGGGGUUUUCUGCCACUCCAGUCCGACAGCACUGCCAAAAAUCUGUGUAUGUGCCAGUGGGUGGGAGGGCCGGGGUGGAAGCAGUGGCCCUCACUGUGGCUGCUGGCUGUUCCAAUCACGAGUGGGCAGAGAUUCCCCGGUCUUGCACAUGAGUGCAGCAUUUCCCAGCCAAAGCCCCGAAAGCCAGUGUCCAGUGUGCCCCUGCCAGUCCUGGGACCACAGUGGAGUUACAAGCACAUUCCCCGGGGAAGCUCGAGCCUGGCUCCAGUGGGUGCUGAGAUGCAGCAAGGGAGGGUGGGUGCACUGGGAGAGGACCUGGGCUGCAGGAAUCCAAGUGGGGACCUGCCAAGAUUGAGGGAGCUGGGAUGUGGGAGGGUCAUGGUUCCAGCCAUUGCUGGGGAGCAGGAAGGGAGGGCUCAGGCUCCGCAUAGUCUCCAUGAGGCCCAAACGCAGAAAGCGCCAUUUCUGCUUUUGUGUACCCCACCCCAUUACCACAGCUGCCUUUGUGUUUGUGUCAAUAAAAAGCUAAACCC